GUGACACAAGACUGACAUGAAGCAGGAAGUGUUCAGACUCACGCAGGCAGCGUUCAUUGCACAGACCGCCCUACUUCUUCUGUCCGUCUUCCUGAACGCCACCAAAACCAAUGCAACCCACUCGCUGAAGAUCUCCCACCAGAUGUUUCAGCGCAUGGACACACAACAUGGGCUCCAGACUCAGACAAAACCCUGAGCGAACAUUUAAUGUGUUCUUUGAGGCAAGUUGUCCUGCAGCCAAGGACAAAGACCCAAGCAUACGUCUUCAGUUCCCAGAUGACUUCAGAGAUGAGGAGUCUUUGUCUAGGUUCUGCUUCCCCUAUGACAUACAAAAGAUGGGUGAGGGCGUGGCUGUGCAGCACUUUUCGUUUGCUCUCACUGACCUCGAGGGAUGCCAACGCUUCGGCUUCUGUCGUCUUGGCAACAGAGCUCGGACGUGCCUUUGUAUGCUCAGUUACCUUCCGUGGUUCGAAGUAUUCUAUAAACUUCUCAACAACCUUGCAGACUACAUCACAAAAGGACAGACCAAUGAGAUGGAAGUGAUGCUCACUGCGCUCUACAAGCAGUCCAUACCACUGACCGCUGGAUCGACCACACUGCAGAUGGGAGAGCAGGUAUUGGUCAGCACAGAUGUUGGACACCCUGUGGGACAAGAGGUGGUUCCAUACUUCAUUGCUCCAGACCCCAGCAACCUCCCUUCCAUUCCUGAAAAUAGGAACUUGACUGAGCUGAUUGUGGCGGUGGACGUGGCGAACCUUCUGCAGCUCUAUGCCAGCAUGCUGUUUGAGAGACGCAUUCUCAUUCUAGCCUGCAAACUCAGCACUUUGACAUCGUGUGUGCACGCGCUGGGGGCUUUGUUGUACCCCAUGCACUGGCAACACAUCUUCAUCCCAGUCCUCCCACCUCACCUACUGGACUACUGUUGCGCACCUAUGCCAUACCUGAUAGGGGUCCACAGCAGUCUAUCCGAGAAGGUGAGGAGUCGUGGUUUGGAGGAAGUUGUCAUUUUGAAUGUCGACACAAACGUACUGGAAACCCCCUUCAAUGACCUGAAGAAGAUACCUUCAGUUGUGACGUCUGGAUUGAAGCUUUGUUUGAAACGUGAGGCGGUAUCUCCUGGUUGUGGGGUCUCGCUGGCUUUUCUCAAGGCCCAAUCUCUGUUGUUUGGAAGAUACAGAGAUGCACUGCAGACUCAUGAGGGGGGCGAGAUAUGGUUCAAUGAAGAUGUGUUCCUAAAGCACAAGUCACACAGUAUGCAGAGGUUUCUACAGAGUGCCAUUCAUUUGCAGUUUUUCAAACAGUUCAUUGAUGGACGCCUGGAUAUCCUAAACACCGGGAAAGUACCCGAGGACCUCUUUGAAGAGGAGCUACUCAAGUGUGAAGCAACAGGGAAGAGUAAAUCCUAUCAAGAGUUAGUUGGUACUUUAAAGAAAGGGGGCGGGACACUGAUCCUCAACAUUAGGUCCAAAACAAACAACAUGAAGGCAAGUUCUGGUCUGAAAACAAGGUUGAAGCGUAAGGCCGGCAAUGAAGCACGCACUCUUCAGAGAAGCGGAUCUGCGUCACACCACCGUUCUCAGUCUGACUGCCUGCAGAGUCGCCUGCCAAUCACACCGCAUUUUGGAAUGCCGCGCCCUCGCCGGCCUGUUUGCAGACAUGGCGUCACCCACGACAAGAGCAGCAAGGCGGUUGGAGAAGCUUGGACCGGGGCUACGUCCGGGCCUGACUCAGAGCUUCAAAAGAAUGAAGACGAAGGAGAGUCACUGCUGUGUGAUCUAGAGAAGAUGGAUCUAUUAGGGGAGAUCUUUGACACGCUCAGCACCCGCAGUGUGCAUGACCGUGGCCUGCUGUAUGGCACACGAAGCCUGGACCUGUUUGGACCUGACAGUCACGACUAUAUCACAAAGCAUGGUCCAGCCAAUCCCAGCGAGGAGAGCCUCUCUUUGUCCACAAGUGGCAGUGGCAGCCUACACAGCUGGAAUUCAGAAUCCACAGAAGAGGCGUCCCCUCUGGUUGAUGACUCUUAUACGAACAACGCCGUCAAGGAGGCAGCAGCAUUUGAAAGCGAAGAACAUGAAGAAGAAGGGCGGAGACUGAGAGAGGUUGAUGGAAAAGAAAUGCAUCUUCGCUCAAAAGAAGAGGAAGAUCCAGAAAGGAGAGUGACUUUUGAACAUGGGCCUGUGGAGGAAACAGGCGGGCGGGAUGACGGCGAGGAGUUGAAAAAGACCCAGCAAGAUGGAAAGAAGACUGAGAAACAGCAUCUUGAGAAGAAAACAGCCAAAGCGCAGGAUGUAGCAGACGAGAAUGAAAGUAAAGAGGCGGGCUUUACGGAGAAACUAGAGACUGAAAGAUUGCAGGUGGGGACGGAUGGACCGUGCAACAACAGUGAGAAUGGUCAAUCAUGCGACCCGAGGGGCCAAUGGGGCACCAACAGCUGCAUCGAGCGAGAGAAGGAAGAUCCGACUCCUGUCAAGGUGUCAGAACUUAAAAAGAGAUUUGAAGCUCAAUGGAGCAGCCACCCUGACUGACAGGAACACAGACAGCCAAAUUGGGGCCCCCAGCAGGAUUUUAUUUUGAGGCCCUCAAUUACAAAAAAAAAUCAACACUUUAUUUGUAUUGAUUUUUAUAUUUUGCUAAUCCGUGGUAAUUUAAUGUAGGUUUUUUUUUUACUAAGGAAUCCAUGGGGGAAAAAAAUUGUUCAAUAAUUUAUUUUGUGUGCGCAAAAUAAUAUUUAUUUUACAUGAAUAUAGGUUGAUUGGCAACACAAAAAUUGGCCCUAGUGUGUGAAUGUGAGUGUGAAUGUUGUCUGUCGAUCUGUGUUGGCCCUGUGAUGAGGUGGUGACUUGUCCAGAGUGUACCCCGCCUUCCGCCCGAAUGCAGCUGAGAUAGGCUCCAGCACCCCCCCGCCACCCCAAGAGGGACAAGAGGUAGAAAAUGGAUGGGAUGGAUGAAUGUUUUCGCAUCUUAGGAUUCAAGCCUAGCACUAACAAAGCACGCCACGUGUAAGUCUGGACACAUUUGCCAUUAUAUACUCACCAGUAGGGAUGGGAAUUGAUAAGAUGUUUCAGGUUCUGAUUCCACUUUCGGUUCUGCUUAACGAUUCGGUUCCUUAACGGUUCUCUUAACGAUUCUCAUUUGGAAAAAAAAUAAAACAAUGUGGAUUAGCAUCAAUUUAGUUUAGUUUAGAGGUAACAUGACUUUAGCCUACGGUGAGGUCAAAUAUGUAGCAUAGAAGAAGAAAAAACGGCAUUAAAAUAAAUGUAAUAAAUGUUCUUCUGUAGAAUUUAACAAAAUAAACAAUGUGGAAAUUACACAAGAAUGUAACAUUUAUUAACACAUGAUAUUAACUUAUUACAUGCAAAGUGAGAUACGUCAAGACUUUAUUGCAGGCCUGGGCAAUUAGUUUGACUGGUGGGGGCCACAUUUAGAGAAAAAAAAUGUGUCUGGGGGCUGG